AUGAGUACAUUCAUAAACAACGGCACAGCACCAAAUGAUUCCUUAAUUGCUAUGCAAUCUGCAGUGAACCAUAGAGUCCUUUUAUCUCUACCUGAAGCUGCCAAAAUUAUCGGUACAAAAGGUUCCACCAUAGAUAAGAUCCGUACUGAUAAUAGUGUCAAAAUCGGUAUAUCUGAAAAGAUCCAAGGUUGUUCAGAUAGAAUUCUAUCUUGUGCAGGUACUGUGGUCAAUGUAGCCAACGCAUUAGCCGACGUCAUGACUUUGAUCAACGAGGAUCCUGAUUUGAAUAACAAAAAAUAUCCCUUCCACUAUUUAAAUCACAUUUUACCUCCUCCUUCAAUCAAUGAAAUCUGUGAAAACGAUCAAUCCGAUUUAAACAAGAUUGGUACCCUCAGAUUGAUAAUGUUGAAUUCCCAUCUGUCCUCCAUCAUUGGUAAGAACGGUCACACCAUAAAGGGAUUGAUCGAUAAGCAUGGUGUCAAAAUCGUGGCUUCAAGAGAUUUCCUACCUGACUCAAGUGAACGUAUUUUGGAAAUCCAAGGGUUUCCCGGUUCUGUCGCCAACACAUUGAUUGAAAUUAGCGAAAUUUUAAUCAAAGACAUCGAUAUUACCUUUUCCUCUGAUAAACGUUACUUCCCACACUUAAGAAACCAUCUUAACAAUAACAACGAUAUUCGCAGUAGUAAUGGCGGUAUUAUCCAUAGUGGUAGCGGUAUAGACAUUUCGGAACUAGAAGUUCUUAUCCCUGAAGCUUACGUCGGUGCAGUGGUAGGUCGUCAAGGUAAUAGAAUCGCUAAUUUGAGAAAAUUCACAAAAACAAGAAUCAUAAUCGAAAAACAUGAAUCAGAAUCUGCACACCACUCACAAAAAUUCAAUGAAAAUGGUGAACCAUGUAGAUCCUUCACUAUCAUCGGUAAUUCUAUGAAACAAAUCAAAUUGGCUGAGACCAUGUUACUAAAGAAUUUACAAACUGAAAUUGAAAGACGUAAUGAAAGAGAAAGUAACUCAAAUAACUCAAAUGAAGAUGCAGAUAUGACAUACUGA